AUGGCUCAUUUACAACUUACGGGAAAAACAAUUCCUGUAGAUCACAGCCGAGAAAGAUACAUGAUCAUGAAGAAAAUUGGUAUUGCCUCUGAUGCAAAUGUCUACAAAGCUGUGUACUUGCCGGGAUAUCUUCGGGCGGAGCAGAGACUUGCAAAGGCGCCCCAGUAUGUUUCUGUGAAGGCAAUCCCCUUUGGGAGAGGAACUCGUGCAUUUGAUCUAGAAAUCAGAAGAAGUGUUAUUUCUUCGAUCCCUGGUGCGGAAAAUAUAGUUGAAAUAAAGAAAAAAUUCUACUCGAAUGACACCUUCUUAUGUGCUUCGAUGGCCUAUAUGUCUGAAGGAUCACUCCGGUACAUAAUGAGUAAAUGGUUUACACGUGGGUUGCCGGAAGAUUGCAUUGCUAUUGCUCUUCGAGAAACCCUUAAGGGUCUCUCUUAUCUGCAUGGACGCCGUCGUGUGCAUGGAAAAAUCGACGCCGGCCAGAUUUUUGUGAAUGGAAAUUCGAAUGGGGUCACCAUUAAACUGGGUUUUGCAGCUUCCAUGUAUGAACAUGAUCAAGAAAGAUGGAACCCUAUAGCAAUGCCUUCAACUUCGACUCUACCAUUGAGGGAUAUAACAAAAUGGGGUACUGCGCCUGAGGAUUUCUCGGCGGAAGGGAGUAGUAGAUACAAUUAUAAGCCUCAUUCUGAUAUAUGGUUGGUUGGAAUUACAGCAGUGGAAUUGGCUUAUGGGUAUUUUCCGGUGAGGAAUAGGGCGGAGUUUGAGGCGGUGAUUGAAGAAAUAACCAAGAAAAAAAUACUGCCCACGAUUGAAAGGUUCAAAAAGAUUACUGAUAAGGAGAAAGUGAAAGGAAAGGGAAAACGGGUUAUGAAAUUCUUGGAGAAGAAGUUGAAAUCACUGGCUGCGAAAAGAGAGAAAAAGGAGCGGCAAUUCUCACCGGAGUUUGAAGAAGUGUUGGUGAAAUGCCUUUCGAGGAAGCCGGCGAAGCGGCCGACGGUGGAUCAGCUUCUACAGUUUGAGUUUUUUCAAAAGAGCAAGGACUUGAAAUUCUUUCAAAGGGCUGUGGUGAAUCGCAAGAAAGUAAUGGAAAACUGA